UGAUCCAAACAUGCAAACUCAAGAGACAAACUUCCAAAGUGAUCAAUGGAGUACAAACAUUUUAGCCAUCCACACAAUCUAAUCCUCCAACAGUUUCAGACAACUACACCCUCAGAUUCUUUAGUCAUUUGCUCAGGCUGUGAAUCAUCCAUCUCUGAAUCUGCAACCGCAUACAUCUGUUCAACAUGUGACUUCAAACUCCAUGAGCAAUGUGGAAACGCAGUGCGUGGGAUCCAACACCCUUCCCACUCGGGGCUCCACCACUUGACUCUAGUCCCUUACACCACUUACAGCGCUGGUACCUUCCUCUGCAGAGCCUGUGGCUGCACUGGAGGUAAAGGGUUCUCUUACUGUUGUCCUUUGUGUGACUUUGACCUCCAUGUCCAAUGCGCUCAGUUGCCUCACGUUUUGGUUCAUGACUCUCACCCUCUCCAUAGUCUUCUUCUUGUUUACAACAGUACUCCUCCUGCUAUGCCUUUUACUCAGUUUGGUUACGUGAAUCAGCUUGUCUGUAAUCUCUGUAACGUGGGUAUGGAUGGUAGGUUUUGGUCUUAUAACUGUUAUGCUUGUAACUAUCAUGUUCAUGCUUCAUGUGCUGUGAAUAAGCCCAAACCAGUGGCUGCUGCCUCUGCUGUUGAGAAAUGUGGGACAACAAGUGAUGAAGGAGGGGCAGUGAGCGGUGAAUCUGUUCCUGCUCAGGGUUUGGAGACGGAGCAGACUCAACAACCAGCUGCAACAGCAGAGCAAGUCGAAGAUCCAGCUUUGAGGCAACAGCUUGAACUUCAAAGGCUUCAGCUUGAGCUAGAUAUGAGUUCUGCUCUCGCAAACAUGAUUGGCUCCUUCAAUCUCAGUUCUCUCGUUUGAAAGUAUCUCUGUGGUACUGCUAUGUUGUCUUUUUCAGUAUUUUUGAGGUGAUGCAUUUACAAUUGCACACAAAACUUGGGAUUGUCUUUCUUCUUGUGUUCCGAAGUGUUCUAUGGUCUGAAUGAAUUAAAGUUUCAACGUUCGGUUUCUUGUUCUUUA